AUGGACUCGGCGGGACUCUGCAGCGUCGGGAUCGCCGGCGACGACCGCCGCACUUGUUGCGUCCCCAUCGACGCGACGGCCACGUUUCUCGCGCGGCGCGUCAGACAAACGGCCCGCGAACGGGUGACGUGCGUCGAGCGUCCGUCGUUCGAGCGACGGAAUCGGCGAGCCGGCAGCGUCCUGCUGGCACGCAGCAGAUCUAUCGCGGGUGGCGAGGAGGAGACACUCCGCAGCGCGGCGGUGGAUAGUAUUACGAUAGGACGACAAGACCGAGAUCGGUUUCGCGAAGAUUCGCACGUCGAUAGCGCGGACUUUUUCAAGUGCAACGGAUGUACCUCGUCCAACGACGGCACGACUGGCCCUUCGAAGGUGUCCGAUCGCGACGAGAACGUUGGAGGAUCACCGAUAAGACCGAUCGAUAGCGUCAUAAACAACACGGAGAACCCUCGGACCGGCGAUCCCGCCAGACUGAUCGAGUUCGGUAUCGUCGAAUUCCUGUGCAAGGAUCGGCAGCGACCGUGCGUUCUCGCCGAGGGGACAGUGCGCCGCAGAAGCACGUCGUCCACGUCGCGACUUCCCGCGAAGAUCGAUCCCGGCGGAUACGCGUGGCGAAGCAAGACGGACACGCGCUGGCGACUGCCGGGGAUCGGCCUCGUCCAGCGAGCCCUUCUGCUGGGACUGCUCGCGACGAGUCUGCUCUGCGACGCGGUACUGGCCGCGCCACCGUCGGUCCUCGAGGACGAGGAGUUUCUCGAAGAGCAGGAGCUGGCGGCGCCGGGAAACGGCCUCGGCGACGACGAGCUGGAGAUCAUCAGGAGGAGCAUCGUGCAAGGCCUCGGGCUCCAGAGGAUACCUGAUCCUUCGAAGGCGAACGUGAGCCAGGCCGAGUACGAGAGAGCGCACAGAGAGUACCUGAAACAAGUGCAGCUGUCGCACGACGGGCAGAAGUUUCGAGCGCGACGGGACCUCCAUGUAUUCCAGGCUGCUGAGCAUCCGGGGAACAGGUCGAGCCACGGCUUUAGCCGGCGGGGCGGCGGGUACCAUCACUCCCUGUACUUUCCCGUCGCGAUUUCCGGCGCGGGCGCGGGGGACGUCACGGUCGAUCACGCGUCCCUGAGAUUCCUCCUCCAAGGCGAUCACAGACGUCCGCGCGAUCUCGAGGCGCUGGUCUAUCUCCGCGCGCCGGCCUCGGCGGCGCGGCGUCUCCUGCUGCGCCGCGGGAUCCCGCAGGGCGAGCAUCCGACCGGCGGCAGCCGGUGGCUGGAGCUGGACACCACCGAGGCGGCCGCGAGCUGGCUCGAGCACGGCCUGGAGAACCACGGACUGGAGCUCGAGUUCCUGCACGACGGCCGGCCGACGCGGCGUGAGGUCGCCCACGCGACGUUGAACGUGUUCGCCGCGUCGGAGCCCGGCGGCGGAAGGAGGAAGAGGUCCACCCCCGAGGAGCUGAUGCCGCUGCACAAGGGCCGGCGCAGCCGGUGCCGCGACAACAACAAGAAGUGCUGCCGGCACGAGCUGACGGUGAUGUUCAAGGACCUCAAGGGCUUCGAGUUCAUCGUGUACCCGAAGGGCUUCGACGCCGGCUACUGCAAGGGCCGCUGCCCGCCCCGUUACAACCCGGCGCACCAUCACGCCCUGCUGCAGAGCCUGCUGUGGAAGGAGGACCGGAAGAGAGUGCCCAAGCCGUGCUGCGCGCCCAGCAAGCUCGACCAGCUGAUGAUCGUCUACUUCGACGAGAGCGGGAGCGAACAGCUGAAGGUGUCCAACUGGAACAACAUCCAGGUGGUGGAGUGCGCCUGUUCGUGAAGAUGGGGAAAGAGAGCGAAACAGUCUACCAUGGCCGAGGACUCACCAAAGAAUCGUCCGAAUUGCGGUUCGGUGAUGCCGCGCGCGCACGCACGC